CAGCUCCGGUCGAAACCCUACGCAAAAUAUCCCCCAAUUAUCGCCGACAUUCACGGAAAGGACGGAGAUAGCGGCUGUGACGACGCCGAAAUCCAUGCCGCUGCGGCGGGCAAAUUGGGACGCUCGUCGGCGAUGUCGCGUCCGGCGUCGCUCUACCUGGCUCUGCUCGUUGAGGAUGUGCGGGCCGCCGUCCUUGAAGGCAGACGUUCUGGCCAUGGUGAUGGGGGCUGCGUGUGCCGUCGCCCGUGAUGGCAGGCGCGGUGGUCGGGAAACGGUGGCUGCGCGUGAUACGGUGACGGCGUCUGCGCGUAAGACGGAGGCUGAGCGGCCUCUGUGUGCUGGAGUUAGCUCCCGCGGCGUGGAGAGGAGCUGCAGCCCGCACAUCGCAAAGGGAUGGAGGCCUCCUUCUCCCAUCCAGUUGCUGAUUUCAUGUGGGGUAAACCAUGGUGAUAGUCAAAGAAGGAAGAAUAUUGAUCACGGUUUCAAUGAAAGAAGGAAGGAGAUGAAUGAAUUGAUUGCCAUGCAUGAAUUGAUUGCGUUUGAAUUGAUUGUCUCUUGUUACCUUAUGUGAAUUGAUUGCGUUUGGAAUGAUUGCCUCUGG